AUGAAUAUACCCAGACUUAUCGUCCAAGCGCUUUUGAUAACUUCCUUAGGAGCCAUCGAAACUUUCGGUUUGGAAUUAAAGGAAAUAGUUGAAGAACUGACCAGAAUUUAUGACUUCCGGACCAUUAUAUAUUUCACCACCGAUAUCAGAGGAAAUGAAGCCGAAGAAAUUCUGCUUGGUAUGGAAUCCCCUGUGGAGAGUAUACCGAAGCUUGUAUGGGACCAGAAAAUUCAAAAUGUCAAGACUAAAAGCAUCUUCAACACCAAUGUCCUGUCUAUAGUCUUCGUUUCGGAGUCCAAUAGAGGAAACAUCCUUGAAGUAUUUAAGACUGCAUUGCAGGAUAACUUGCUAGCGAAAGUAAUCUUUUACUUUCUCCCGGAGAUGAUCCCUAAUAUCACCCUUAGAAACUUCAGUGACUGGUUGUGGCAGGAACGAAUCCUUUAUAGUUUGAUGGUUGUGGAUAAUCACGUGUUCACCUUUAACCCAUUUCCUGAAGUUAGUGUUGAAGAGGUCACUUCGAUAGAGUCGUUAGAAUCAGUGUUCGCCACAAAACUAGUCAAUCUUCAUAGAACCGCGGUAAGAGUCGUACGAUCCAUUGAGAUAUCGCGUGACAUAGAAUAUGUUGAUCGAAAUGGAAACAUCCAGUUUGGAGGGUACUUCAUGAAAACCAUACUUGCAUUUAUCGAAAAGCACAAUGGGACUUUUGUUGAACAUAGCGCGAAAAAGGAUAUGACUGACGUUGGAGAGAUGUUGGACAACAGGGAAAUCGAUUUUUCUUCAGUGAUGGUAAUGGAGGUUGUACAAGAUGCGAAGCUGUCAUACCCCUUAUCUACCAUCACACCAUGCGUUCUGAUCCCAUAUCAGAUGGAACUCCCCAGAGUGUUUUAUUUGGUUUUACCUUUUCAAAAGUCUGGCUGGAUUCUAUUUGGUGCUGGAGUUAUAUUCUUUUUCUUUGUUAUGGCCGUGACCGACCUCCUUCAUGGGAGAAACUCUGCCUCCAUUUGCCAGGAGGUUGCCUUUCGAGUCUGGCGGAUACUUACCUUACAAAUACACUUUCGAGAUCAUCUAAGGACGAAUAAAUUGAUAAAGUUUAUCAAUUUGUUGGCGACUGUCCAGUUUAUGUUACUUUUAAGUCUUUACCAAAGUGGUUUGAGCAGUUUUUAUACUAAAUCGAUUUCAGCUAAACAGAUCGAUACCGCCGAGGAUCUAGUAAGGACUUCAUAUAAAAUCUUGUCACCUGGCCUUCAACUGGACUUUCUUCGUCAAGUAGAAUUUUUACCAAAAAGCGUUCUGCAACGCUUCGUCGAGGAUGACUCUCUGGUAAGCUCUAAUUUAAAGCAAAUGGACCCGAAAUUCGGGUAUCUGCCCCCUUCUGAAUACAAGGAUUUUCUGGAGGAACUGGAAGAGCGGCCGUCAACCAAGAUUUUCCACAUGACGAAAAUGUGUACUCCCAGUAUGUUACUUAGCGUUGUAAAUCAAAAGGACUCUCCAUUCAAGGACAUUUUCAAUGAUAUCAUAUUUCGUCUUCGUGACACUGGGUUGAUGCUGAAGUGGCAAAGGGAUGUUGUCUACGAACUGAAGCAAGUAGACUUCCUGAGAAUGGAACUAGCAAGCGAAGGCGUCUUGAGGCCGUUGAAAGUUGAUGAGUUGUAUUUCGUGUGGGUGAUAUACGUAAUUGGUAUAGCAUUGAGCGUUGUGGUUUUCUGUGUGCAAAAACUAAUGCAAAGACGACACAGUAAAUAG